CAUUUCCGCUAGAUGCCUGUGAUGCUCCACCGAAAUAUGAAACUAUGAAGAUCAAGGGUGGUGCUAAACUCAAUUAUGCUCCUGAUGAGAGAGUGGAAUUUGAAUGCCGCUUAGGAUACAGGAAAAAAAUCCCUUCGAACAUGAUUUCUAUUUGUCAUGCUGAUAACUCGUGGUCACAUCUCGAAGAAGGUUGUACAAAAAAGUCAUGUGCCAAUCCAGGAGAGCUCAUCAAUGGCAACAUAGACCACAGUGAGGGCUUUGAGUUAGGUGCAACAAUCACCUUUUCUUGUGAGGAGGGCUAUAACUUAGUGGGUAAAAAAAGCCUCAUAUGUGAGAUUGGUCAAGAUUCAGUUAAUUGGAACGGCAACCUUCCACAGUGUAACAAGGCUAUGUGUGAACCACCUCCAGACAUAGAAAAUGGAGUAUACAGCAAUGCUGGGAAGGAUGUGUAUGAGUACGGUGAGGCAGUACGUUACAGCUGCAACCCUGUAAGAGAAGGAGAUCAAUAUUCACUUGUUGGAAAGGAAGUUCUCUCGUGUUCUAUGAAUGCAGAAUGGAGUAGCGAGCCUCCUAAAUGUAAAGUGAUCAAAUGUGAUUACCCAGUAGUCGUGAAUGGAGAGAUGGUGGGGGGACGUCAGACAAAGUAUUACUACAAGACCAAGGUUAAGUUUGAAUGCCUGAAGGGCUUUACCAUGACUGGAAACAACAUCAUUACUUGUGAAGAAAAUAAUAAGUGGGAUCCCCCAGUUCCAGUAUGUCUCAAAGAUGCUCUUACUACUACUACUAGCAGACCCGACCAAACAACCCUUUCAGGGUCAACUUCUUUCACUGAAGUUCCACCAGCCUCAAACAUUCUAGGUGGAGGCAGCAUCACUCUGAUUGUUAUUGCCAUUGCUGUUGGAGUCACAGUAUUUUUCAUCUUUUUGUAUAAAUAUCUAAACAAGAACAAGAGCGGCGCGUACGUAAUUGAUGAGAGCCACAGAGAAGUAAAGUUUAUUUCUCUCUGAGAAGAAGAUAGCUGAAAGGUUUUCUUUUACCGUUAAAAGGUAUCUGACUUUUGUUUAUUUCUUUUCCAUGAUCCUUUCUUCCAGAAAGCCGUCUGUUCAUCUGUAGAUAGCAAUAAUGUGAGCUGUGAUAUGUUGGCGGGUGUCCAGUGGACAUCCACUUGGCCCCAACGCUUCAUGUCAUCUUACCAAAACCAAACCCGUGCCAUUGAGUCGAGUCUGGCUUGUGUCAGCUCUGAAGGACAAAGUGGAAUUGCCUGAGAGGGUUUGCUAAACCGCAAGAAUCUGGAUGCGAACACGCAGCCUUGCCUCUCUCCCAGCGUGGCUGGCGGCUUCACAGAGCUGCCCUGCGGUGGGCAGCGAAGCGCUCAAGCACUGUGCUGCGAGAGUGUGUCCACCAGGAUGACCUUUAGGACAUCGGUCCUGCACAGGCGCAGAGGCCUGUGGCAAUAGGAGUUCAUCAUGAGGGUCUGUCCCACAAAGGGAAAUGCUGACAUGUCCAAAAUUAGCAUGGCUCGCUGUGACCUCGGGUCAGCAUCUUAGCCGUGUUUGCUACGGCAAACGUACUAACAACUGGCCAGUUCAACUUUAGUAUUGGUCUGUCUAGUGCAGUUAAGUUGACCAUGGCAGGGAUAAAAGCACACAGGCCAAUGCGGUCGUCAAUAGUCAAGUGUGACUGCUGAGCCCCACGUGGAAGGGGCCGUCAGUGUCCGGCCCAGACCAGCAGUCUUAGAUUUGGGACAAGAAUAUGGAAAGCACAGGCCCAAACCGUGUUAUCCUUAUUGGAUUGGGUUCCAUAAAAUUAAUGCUGCCUGUUUCAUGUAUAGGCAUUUUCAAACCAUGUGGCUUUGAGGAAAUUUGAAGGCAUGUGUCUAAGUCAUUUGAUUUCUAGUGGCCGACACUGGCUGGACUGGAGCAAUGGAUCUGAGAAAGGUCCCUUGUUACCCUAAAAGCCUGGGGGCGGGGGCGGAGCACAGUGCUUUAGGAGGAUCUCUUACUUGAAAGAGAUGCCCCCUGGAGCAAACCCAACCAAACUCACUGCCACCGAGUCAAUGCUAGUGACCCUGCAGGACUGGCUAGCACU